UCUUAUGGUUUUUUCCUGUGUUUUCGAAAAGAAGCGGCGGUUAGGUUUUCACCACUAAUCGAUGAUUUAAAACCUUAUUUUUCUUGAUGCAUACCAGCUGAAUAACAAAUGAACGAUCAUGCAGUCACAGCAGCUGUUAAAGGAGCGAGGACCUCUGGGCAGACUGUCUGCUGGGGAGAAGAAGCUGGAGGGAAAGACUUUCUAUCUGGACAAUGUGAAGAAACGCUCAACAGCUCUGCUUUUGGAAGCCAUAUCUCUGCUAGGAGGGGGUAUAGAGAGUUUCCUACACAAGGAUGUAAGCUAUGUUGUGACUGGAAGCCAAGAAUGCCUGAAGGAGAAGUGUGUGCAAGGAAGUGCACAGAAGACGAGUGAAGGAGCCCAACUUCUGAUUAAGCAGCAGGAAAGUGGCCUCAGCAAUGAAAAACCCCAUCCAAGACCUCCAAGAUCAAUGGCUUGUGGCAGCCGGGGGAAGGCUCUGCUUGAAAAAGCAAUACGCAAUAAUGAGCGGCUGCUGGGGAGCAGUGUUUUGUCCAAUGCAAGAUCGUGGGGAGUGAAGAUUUUGUAUGUGGAUGAUGUCCUUCUAUAUCUCAAACAGUUGACACGAGAGAGUUUCAGUUUCAAACACAAGAAGACAGAGAAGACUUCGUCCAAACAAAGUUCUCAUGCUGUGAAAGCUGCACCUCUGAGGUCACCCUAUCUUAAGAUCGAAGACUUUAGCCGGAAAUACAAGCCUUUGCAUAUGCAGUCGAUGACUUUUCCCGCUUUGUGCUACUCGGGUCGAUUUAGUCCCUUUGAAUCUCCUCCUCCUCCUCUGUUUGAAAAACAGACGGUACACGAAGACACGAAGACGAGGGGAAAGAAAGCCGAGAAAAUCAUUCAGGACAAAUCUCAGACUCCAUCCAGUUGUAACCCUGUAACAUGGCGACCACGCAAAAAGGAUCAGUCUUACUGUGAAUGUUGUCUUCAAUCUUUUACUAAUCUUGAGGAGCAUUUACAGUCUGACCAGCACCGCUCGUUUGUGCUGGAUCCCUCCAACUACAGUACAGUAGAUCAGCUUGUGGUUGAAAUGCUUCCGGGAUUUGACCCCAAUCCAUCUCAGCAACCAGAAGAAAGACUGACAAGACCACCAACCCCUCUGCCUGGCCAUGAUGUCUGUGAACUGGAGGCUCUUACUGACGCUGAGACGGAGCAUGCUGUUCAGGUGCUGCGGAUGCAUGGUUCAUGUUUCAAUACGCACAUUUGCAACCUCACCAAGACUCAUCAAUCCUCUGGCCCGGCUAGUCCACCUCCAAAUCCAGGUGUUCUACCUAUGGACACUUCCUGUUUUGUUCCUAAGACUGAUUGCCAGUCCCCUGAUGCUUCAGACUCAGCCAUGCCUGUACUGACUGCUAAGCCCCAAACUCAGGAUACAUUCACCCAACAACCUAGCAUUCCCUCUCUUUGCCCCACUGCUCCAUGUCCCCUUCCUGACCCUUACUCCCUGCCUCCAGUUCUCAGUCCACAAGUCCCCUAUUCCCCCGACAGUACAGACUCUCAAAGUCAUUAUUCAGAUCCCCCUGUCCUUAGUCCCCAAAAGUACAACACAGAGAACACAAUGGGGGGGGGGCACACUUUUGAAAUGGACUUUGGAAAGUGUUUGUUCACAUUUCCACUGCUUAUGUCUGUAGCUGAGGCCAGUGUGCUGAAAGAGAGGGCACCUAAUCCAGAAGGUCUUUGUGGAAUCAGUCGACUUGUAUGUUCUAACAAUAGCUUGGAGUUUGACUCUACCCCCUCACAUAGAUCUAGUUCCCUCCCGCGACAGUCAUCUAUUACACGAAACCCCAGAAAGCGCUGUCGAUCUGCCAGUCCUGAAUACAGACACAGGAAGAGGAAGAGGACAUCAUUUGUUCACAAUGAUAGCACAUGGUCUGAGCAAAGGCUAAAACUGCCAAAACCACAAAGGGACAAUAUGGUUGAGGGCUGCUUUUCAUUUGACAAUGCACCUGAUUGCGUAAGACAGUCUUGCUCUAAAUCCAAUGUUACUACUGCAUCGACCUCAUACUCUGCGGAUACGGCUGGAUCAGAACAGAUGUGCUCAUUUUCUUUCCCUGCUGUUCAAAGUUGGAAUCAAGCGCCAAAUUAUGUUGACUCCGUUUUCGAUCAUCCACCACCCCUGCUGUCCACAAAAGCAACAAUCUUUGAUCCACCUCCUCACAUUGACAAACCCCCCCGUGUGAUUUCCACUCAAGACGCACAGAAUUCACUCUCACUCUCUACCUCCAUUUGCAUCGAGCCAGCUCUCAUCCCAGACCUGGCCAGACUCUCCUCUUCAUCGUCGGACUCAGACUGGGACUGUGACCUGAUUUCAUGCCGGGACACCACCUCAAUUACUCCUCCAAUGCCCAAUGAACAGAACUGUGAGCUUGACAAAGAGCUGCUCCACAGGCCGUGUCCCUGGAUGCACGACACCAGCUAUGAGUCACAUCUGCACACAGUUCUUCAUCCAUCAACCCCGGCCACCGCACUGUGUGGGGAGGACAUGGACGGCUCAGUAUUUUCCAGGACUGUGGUACAAAUUGUUGAGGUUCAGCACUGAUAGAGAUUCUUUGUUUUUGAAAAGAAAAGACUAAAAAAAACACUGUCGGAGAAAGUUAAUGAAUUUGCAGUAGGCAGCACUUAAGGUGACGAACAUGAGUAAAUAUUUAAGACUUUGUGCUGACUAAAAUGUAAUACUAAGCUGAUUUUAGAAAUGCAGAUGUAAUUUUACUUUGCUUUGUAAAUGCUUCUUUGUGACUACUGAUAUCUAUAUGAUUUUUUUCUUUUUCAUAGAAAUUUAAAAUGUUUUUUUAUUUCUUCCCUUUCAACUUCCAACUUGCGGACAAUGCCCCCCAACAAUAUUUCAUAUUGUGCUGACUGCAGUUGUUCAGCAGUGCUGUCCGGGAACACAUGAUGGUACUGAGAAUUUAAUGAGGCCUUUCUGAAAGGCGGCAUUACUCAAUUACUGUAAGUGCUGUGCCUGGAUCCAAUCCCACAUGAGACACUGUUGAUGGUCAAAAAGGCGAGGAGUACAUAGAGUGGAGAACCAACAGCCUAUGAGAUAAAUUGCCUGAUCAAUGUCAAAUAGUCUUCCUGCCUUUUGAAAAUGGGCCAGAGCACAGGACUUUGACAAGGACAUGCCUGCACUUCACAGGAUUGCACUGCAGCUCCAAGGAAGGUUACAUGCAUGUAUUUGAAAGUCUUUAGCAGUCUCCAUCAUUUCAGGGUUCUCCAUAGGUUCAGCACGCAAGAAAACCUUUAAAACAAGAAACGAAGGGAAAUAACAGCAUUCCAAUGUGUGGAAAAUGUCAAACUU